AACAAAUGAAGAUAAAAUAAAAUCGUUUUUUUUUUUUUUUGCCUAAAAGCAGAGGCCCAGAUCUUUAUUUUGAUAUAUAGCAUCUUCAUAUAUUCAUGGAAGAAAAUAUUCUGCGGGCCAUUAAAGUUUAGCGAAAAUCGUCAAAAACCCUGGCGGUGGCUGGCAACUUUUUUUAAAAAACGCUGGCGGGGAAAGAGUUAAUAGUGGAACACUUCACAUUAGAUCGCACUUGGUUACCAUGUCAACUGGUAAACAGCAGAAAGCUAUGGCGACACGUAGCUCAGCAUUGUGUGUACACCGUUUACCAACUUUCAAGCUCCGAGGGUCGCGUUUGGCAGUUGCCAGGACCGUCUCAUGUUUCCCACGCACUUUGCACCUAAUCGCAUGGGCAAUGAACUUCACGCGCGGCAAGACUCGACAGGGAGAGGACCCGGAUGUUACGACAAUCACAAGGUUAGCGUGAAUGAAGUUGAGCACUCUUGUUUAUGAUCUUCAACACAGACCGGAGUGUAAGAGAGGAUAUGUCUUAUCAGCUCGCACCACACCACGCUUUCUGCCUCCAUUUAAGACGAUCACCCCUUCACCACAAAAAUACCAGCAGGACUGGACUCAGUCAAAAUUGUGCCCUCCUGGAAAAGCACCCUUCAGUAGUACCACUCUAAGGUUCAGGGACAAACUCUCGAUGGCAGAUAUCAGUCCUGGUCCAGGGGCAUAUGUUCAUGACACCAUCCAAGGCCAUAAAGUGUCUUGGCCAAUGAAAUUUGGCUCUCCAGACUGGUCAAGAGUGCCAAUGCUGGAACGGAGGGCACUGCGGACAGAGGUACAGAUAUGUCUGACAUUUCAGUUCAACAAUAUACCAAGCAUGCACAAAUUUUUUUUAACUAUGUAUGUUUUGUGUCCAUGCAGCUCGUGUGUGACAAAGAGUUUAAGAAACAGAGGAAUAGGGUGGCAUAUCUACGCUUGUUCUACUGAUAAGAAUAAAUUGUUAUCACAAAAACCCUGCAUUGCUACAAAACCAUCUAAGCAUGUCAAGGUAUACAAUAAUUAAAGUUGCUUUAAACUGCAAUUUA